AUGGUUAGAAUCAAAGGUUUAGAUCGGGUUUUAGGCAGGGUUAUAGGAAGAGACCUAGGGAAAGAAGUUAGCCGUGAUGGGAUGAAGUCCCCCAGCGAUGAUGAAGUCUAUGAACAGCCUGAAGAAGCAGUUGCUAACGAUGUGGCGACUGAUGCUGAGGGCGUAUUCCAUAGCUUUAAGCCUCUUCAUGUGGACGAUGUUGUCUUCCUCUUAUUCGAAUUGCUUGAAGUGAGUGCUAAAGAGGCAAGAGCUGAGACGAGUGGAAGCUAUGCAUGGGAAGCUGUUGCACUAGUGCAUAUGUAUGACAAUUUGAAUGAUGCGUCAAAGAACAAGACCAAACAACUUGUAGGAUAUAUCACACUUUUACAGUGUUGGAUCUACGAGCACUUUCCUUUUGUUGAUUCUAUUGUUGCUGCUGAGGAUUAUGAUGAGAGGAAACCACGUGCCUGUCGUUGGAAGUCUAGGAAGGCAUUACCAGUAUCGACAUAUCAUAGGCGUUUGGAUAGAUUGAUGUCUGAUGUUAUGGGAUCCAUCUAUUGUCAUACACAGCUCGGAAAGGGUCGUAUGACAGUUUGGAUAUGUGUAGUGCCUGACCAGUGUUCACUGGACUAUAUGGAUUGGCUCUACUUGAUAUCUCAUCCCUUCAUGAGUCCGACACAGCCUGAGGAUCCUCCUGGACAUCUGCCCGUGAAACAUCAUGACACAUUUGUUGAACCAGAUGUUGCUCAGCAUCUAGUGGCGACAAUGACUAUGGAUGAAGCACCUGAAGAUGCACAUGUUGAUGUAGAGCAGCCUCGACAUGCAGUGGAGGCUUGCCAAGCAAUAGCUAAAAGGUUGGAAAGGCUGCUCAACCUAAGGAUAGUGACUGAAGGAAUUGAAGCAUACAUUGCCGCUGAAGAAUGCCUAAUAAUAGCAAGAGGUGUCACUGCACAACGGAAUGUCUACGUUCAUUCGAGACGAAGGUGGCAUAUGGAAGACGCAUAA